CAGGAGGUGAUGGGGAUCCCCUCAUUCCUAGCCCUCCCUGCUGCCAGGAGUGACCGAGCUGCCUGCACAUCCUGCCAUCCUUUGGGCCACAUGCUACUGUGGACGGCUCUGCUAUUCCUCGCUCCUGUUGUUGGGCAACCUGCAGGUCUCCCGAAGGCUGUGGUGAGCAUUCAGCCUGCGUGGAUCAAUGUGCUCAAGGAGGAUUACGUGACGCUGAUGUGUCAGGGGACCAACUUGUAUGAAGGCAACCUCACCCUGUGGUUCCAUAAUGGGAGCUUCAUCCAGAGGCAGAACCAGCCCAGCUAUAGCUUUAGGGCCCGCAGCAAUGACAGCGGAGACUACAGGUGUCAGAGAGAGCAGACCAGCCUCAGCGACCCUGUGCAUCUGGAUGUGAUUUCCGACUGGCUGCUGCUCCAGACCCCUAGCCUCGUGUUCCAGGAAGGGGAGCCCAUCGUGCUGAGGUGCCACAGCUGGCAAAACAGCCCUCUGUAUAAGGUCAUAUUCUUCCAGAAUGGAAAAUCCAAGACGUUUUCCCAUCUGCGUUCCAUCUUCUCUAUCCCACAAGCAAACCUCAGUCACAGUGGCGAGUACCACUGCACGGGAUUUAUCGGGCAGACAGUGCACUCAUCACAGCCUGUGACCAUCACUGUCCAAGGUGGGAACCAGUGUCCGGCAAUUCUAUUCAUCAUUCCACCUUGGUAUCAAAUCACUUUCUGCCUGGUGAUGGCGCUCCUUUUUGCAGUGGAUACAGAGCUGUAUUUUUCUGUGCAGAGAGACCUUCAAAGCUCAGCGGGAGACUGGAAGAACUGCAAAGUCAGAUGGAGUCAAGGCCCUCAGGAUAAAUGA